AUGAGAAUCACAACAAUUUUACUCUUUCUUGUUCCGUUCCUUUCUGCCUUGAUAGCACUGGUCCAUUCGUUGUAUGUGGUCAUUCCAGAUAACACAGCCGUAUUACCAGUGAAUCAAGUUAUUCCUCUUCUCUUUAUUGGAGGUGGAGUACUGAGUGGACAAAACGCAACCCUUACCUUGUAUCGACAAAGACAGACUCAACCUGACGAAAUGAUCAUGCAAACUGAGGUCCAUCUUCCAGCUGCAUCAGGUUAUGUUCCAUGGGUCAUUCCAACCAAUGCAACUGCUUCAUGUUCCUACUAUGUUUGUUUAAAUCCAGUGAAUUCUUCACUAAUUGCUUCUUCCAAUGUUGAUUUCAAUGAUGCCUAUAGAUGUUAUGCCGUUGGAGGUUUUUAUUGCGCUUUCAAUCCAAGUACAGUGAACACGAAUGGUCCUCCAAGACGUCCUUAUGUUACCUUGGAUUAUCCUCAACAAUAUACCAAAUGGUUGAGCAAUAGAAAUUACUCUGUAGUGUACAGUCAAUUCUUUGGUAAUGGUGUCCAGAAUGGUGCACAAGGAUCCUUCUCUCUUGCUCUCAGUUUGUGGAGAAACAACGGAGCACAAGGGAAAGAUGUCAUGAUUGAUGGAACCAAAAAAACGUACACUCUCGACAAGAGUAAGCCUAACGGUGAAGUCGAUUUCUUUGUUCCUUCAAUCACCACCCCUGCCGUUGAUAAUCGAUAUUACAUUUGUGCUGAAUUAGUUUCCAAUGAAGUGGGAGUUGAUGCAUUGAACAACCAAACCAACCGAGAUGAUGAAGGAAAUUGUUUUGCCAAAUCAGGAAUGUUCUCCAUCUCAGAUGGCUAUUUCACCAUCAAUGCUCCACUCGCCAAUGCCAAGUGGCAAUUCAACACCACUGAAUUUUUAGAUUUCAACGAGACUAUGAAAUUUGAUCAAUUCUCCCUUAGUGUUUUCCAAAUAAGAGAAACUAAUAAGGAGUUUAUUUCGGAUGAUGUUCGAUUGAUUAAUGUGAAUCAGCAAGUACCCACACCAAGGCAAGGUAAAAUUCCAUUCAUAGUCAUGUGGGGAGGAGCUUUACGAACCACUCCUGGCUGUAAUUACUUUAUUUGUGUGAAUCCAGUCUUUGUAGGUCCUUACAAUGUUCGUUGUUUGGUGAAGAGUGAAGUUUUCUGUAUUGAGGGAGGACAAGCACAACCAUUACCAGUCCCACAGCAGCAGCAGCAACCACCUCAAGGACCUCCACCACAACAACAAGGACAACAGCAAGGACCUCCUCCUCAACAGCAAGGAGCACCUCAACAACCAGCACCUCAGCAGCAAAAGAGAGCGUUACAGCACACAGAGGCAGCCACAACUUAUUCAAACAACGGUGCUGAAGAAUUGGCUUCCUCUCUUCCAGAUUAUUCUCAAAUGAGAACUCAUGUCCCAGUGGCUCAACGAGUGAACGUGUAUGGACAACAUAGUCCUCAAAUGUAUCCUCACUAUUCGCAUGGAUAUCAUGUUCGAAGAGCCGUGUUGAAUCAUGCUCCAUACCGUGCUCCUCAUCCACAUAGUUUGAACAUGAGAGUAUUAAGAAGAUUUUAA